GUUGAUUUCCUGUUUCAUUCGCAUAUAAGACCCUGUGAGCUGUCACAUUGUCAUCCAGAGUGUUUAUUCUAAAAGUGAAUAGACGUAAGCUCCAAGAUGCAAAUAUUUAAAGUUGCUCUCGUGGUGGCCUUGGUGUUCACAGCUCUCUUUGGUUCAGCCUAUGGUGGCCACGGCGGUGGUGGCAAAGGAGGCGGUGGCGGCAAAGGAGGCGGUGGCGGCGGCGGCAAGGGAGGCGGUGGCAAAGGAGGCGGUGGUAAAGGCGGCGGUGGCAAAGGAGGAGGCGGGAAAGGAGGCGGUGGUAAAGGCGGCGGUGGCAAAGGAGGAGGCGGCCACGGAGGUGGUGGUAAAGGAGGCGGCGGACAUGGAGGUGGUGGCAAAGGAGGAGGCGGACAUGGAGGAGGUGGCAAAGGAGGUGGACACCACGGUUAAAGACAACUAUAUCUCCAUAUUCCUACCAAAUGCUGGACAUUUGACAGCAUUAUUGCAACUGUAGCCUUGGUUUCUGCACCACCCUGUACAAUGUCAACUUUCAGAUACUGUUGAAAAUAAAACGAUCAGAAAUAAC